AUGACAAAAUCUCAUACCGUUCGUUUGGAGCACUUGGAGGAUGCUGUUUCUGGAUGCGACGUCGGGAAGAGCGGGAAAAAGGAAGAGCGGGAAAAAGAGUUAUCGGAUCAAAAUGAUGCUCCAAUUCCGGCGGUUUUUCCGAAGGAGCAGAAGGAUGAUCCAAUUCUUCAGCAAAAUCCAGCUGUCGAUUUGACGGAGUCUGAUGCCAGGAAGGAUCGUGAAAAUCUGGUGGGAGAUUUCCAGGUUAGACAGGUUGAGAUGCCUGUGUGUGAUGGUACUAAUGUGUUGGGUUGGAUUGCUCGUGCUGAGAAUUAUUUCAAUUUUGGCGGGAGUUCUGAGGAAGAUAAGAUGCGUUAUGCGACGAUUAGCUUGGAAGGACAGGCGUUGCAGUGGUUUUCCUUGCAGCAACGACACAAACCUUUUCGUGGCUGGUCGGAUUUGAAGCAGCGAAUCACAAUUCGGUUCGGCGAAGCUCAGGUCUCAAAUGUUUCUGAGGAGGUAGUCGAAAGUGCGUUCCGAGGUGGUUUGCAGACGGAGAUCCGUGAAAUGGUCGAAGUCUUAAAACCUCAGACCUUGGACAAGACAAUUGAACUGGCGUUGAGGUUAGAGGGGCGUUCAAUUUGUUCAGGAGGCAAAUCGCAUGGUAAGGAGAAUCGUUUUCCUCGAUAUAAUUCGAAUUCGAAUUCAAAUUCGUUUCGCUCUAUUUCUUCUGCAUUGGGAGGUUCUGUUGAGAAGAAGGGAGAGUCUAUCGCCUCGGUGGUAGACAGUUCCAAUAAGGCUGUGACAGGAGAUCGACGUCUGCCGUUCAGGAAACUUUCGGAUCCUGAGGUGGAGGAUCGUCGUAGAAAGGGAUUAUGUUUUAGAUGUGAUGAGCGAUACUUUGUUGGUCAUCGAUGUAAGCAAAAGGAGCUGCAGGUUCUGAUGGUGACAGAAGAUACGGACGUUGACGGUGAAUUUCAGGAAUGUUUUGAGGAAUUAUCACCGGUAGUGGGGGAUUUUGCAGCUCUGACUCUGCAUUCGAUGGUGGGAUUAACAUCACCGAAAACGAUGAAGGUGAGGGGAUGGAUUGGGAAUCAGUCGGUGGUGGUGCUAAUAGAUAGCGGCGCUUCUCAUAAUUUCUUAUCUAAGGAAUUAUUGGGAGUGUUACCUAUCAAAUUGGCUGGUACGGUGGGAUAUGGAGUUUGUUUGGGUAAUGGUUUGACAGUACAAAGUGCGGGUAUAUGUUGUGGGUUGGAGUUGACAUUUCCAGAAUACUCUUUGGUAUCAGAUUUUAUACCAUUGGAAUUGGGCGGAGCUGAUGUGAUUUUGGGAAUUCAAUGGUUACAAACUUUGGGCAAAGUUCAAUUUGAUUUUGCCAAGCUCGAAAUGAAAUUUUCCGUUGAUGAUAAAAUGAUCAGGUUGGUGGGAGAUCCGAAUUUACAUCAAUCUCUAGUGGCUUUUAAGACUCUUCUCAAAACAAUACGAGAAGGAGAUCAAGGAUUUUUGGUGGGAUUUGGUUCUGUGGAAGUGGGGAUUGUUGAGGAGAAAUCACUACCAGAGGGAUUGCAAGGGUUGUUGGAUUCUUUUCGAGGAGUGUUUCGGGAACCAGAGGGUCUUCCUCCAAUAAGGGGCCAUGGGCAUGGUAUCCUCUUACAACAGAAUACUAGUCCCAUCAGUGUUCGUCCAUAUAGGUAUCCUCACGCGCACAAAGAGGAAAUUGAAAAGUUGGUUCGGAGCAUGUUAAAGGCUGGCAUCAUUCAACCAAGCCAAAGUCCGUAUUCGAGUCCGGUGCUGUUGGUAAAAAAAAAGGAUGGAAGUUGGCGUUUUUGCGUUGACUAUCGAGCUUUGAAUCGGGCGACGAUAUCGGACAAAUUCCCUAUUCCAGUCAUUGAUCAGUUGUUAGAUGAAUUGAAUGGAGCGGCAGUGUUUUCGAAACUGGACUUGCGAGCGGGAUAUCACCAAAUUCGUAUGAAGGAGGCAGAUAUUCCUAAGACUGCGUUUCGUACGCAUGACGGUCACUACGAAUUUCUUGUGAUGCCGUUUGGAUUAACCAAUGCCCCGGCGACUUUUCAAGCUCUCAUGAACGAUGUUUUCCGUCCAUUCUUAAGGCGCUUCGUCCUUGUUUUCUUUGAUGAUAUUCUGGUGUACAGCUCUUCGAUGUCGGAUCAUCUGGAACAUUUAGCUGCGGUCUUGCAUGUAAUGCAGCAGCAUCAACUAUAUGCUAACCAAAAGAAAUGUUUGUUUGGUAAGAAUCACGUUGAGUAUUUGGGACAUGUGAUUUCGGAAGAGGGCGUCGCUACUGACCCCAGUAAGACAGUGGCGGUGAAAAAUUGGCCAACUCCGAGGAAUGUUAAGGAGUUACGGGGAUUUCUCGGGUUGACAGGAUAUUAUCGAAGAUUUGUACGACAUUACGGUUCGAUUGCGAAGCCUUUGACAGAUUUAUUAAAGAAAGAUGCUUUUGUUUGGUCAGAAUCUGCUGAGGUAGUUGGUGCUUUUACACUGCGAGAAGGCACGUUGCUAUACCGAGAUCGUGUGGUUCUUUCCAAGACAUCACGAUUGAUUCCUCUAUUGUUACAUGAGCUUCAUGAUGGGAAAUUGGGUGGACACUCUGGUUUUCUUCGCACUUUGAAGCGGAUUCAGGCGAUUGUGUAUUGGCCUGGGAUGAAAUCGGAGAUCCAACAUUACGUGGCUCGUUGUCCUGUUUGUCAAGUGCACAAAUACUCCACGUUGGCUCCUGCUGGGUUAUUGCAACCUUUACCUGUUCCUCAGCAGGUUUGGGAAGAUAUUUCUUUAGAUUUCAUUGAGGGGUUGCCGAAAUCUUCAGGUUGCAAUGUGAUUCUGGUUGUUGUCGAUCGGUUGAGCAAAUAUGCGCAUUUUUUAGCGCUUCGCCAUCCUUUUUCAGCUUUAGAGGUGGCUCGGGCAUUUGUGAAAGAUAUUGUCAGGUUGCAUGGGUUCCCUAAAUCGAUCGUUUCGGAUCGAGAUCGUAUAUUCUUAAGUCACUUUUGGUCGGAAACGUUUCGGUUGGCGGGGACGAAAUUGAGGUACAGUACUGCAUUUCACCCUCAAAGCGAUGGACAAACGGAGGUUGUGAAUCGGUGUUUGGAGACGUAUUUACGCUGUUAUGUGAGUGAUCAUCCUCGACAGUGGCUUAAGUUUUUGGAUUGGGCUGAAUUUUGGUAUAAUACCACUUUUCACUCUUCUUUGCAAACGACGCCAUUUAAGGUGGUGUAUGGGAGGGAUCCACCUACUUUGGUUCGCUUUGUGGAGGGGUCUACGGUGAAUUUCGAACUGGAGUCUGCUUUACGAGAGAGAGAUGCGAUGUUGGAGAGCAUUAAACUGAAUUUACAUAAAGCACAGCAGAGGAUGAAGCUUUAUGCGGAUAAUUCUCGUAGAGAUGUUAAGUUUCAAGUGGGUGACAGGGUUUAUUUGAAGCUCCGACCUUAUCGGCAAAGGGAGAAGCAGAGAAUAGAGCAGGGGGAGCUUCGACGGCCAUCGACAGAGAGCUUCACCCAAGAGAGGAGCGGCAGGGCCGGCCCCAGCCGCGCCCACGGAGGUUCCAGAGGAGAAGAAGGAGAUGAGGAGGAAGACCACGCUGCCCAUAAUUCCUAA